AUGAGGUGCUGGUGGCAGAUUUUUGUCUUGUGCAUCUUCUGGAUACUCCUCUUGUGGCUGAUGGACCCCUGCCUGGAUCUGAAGACUGAUUCAACACCCCAGGAAAAAUGGAUGGACGUGGCACCACGGCAUUGCAGCUGCCCUUGUUUCAAAUUCAGGCAAUGUGGCUGCCCGUCCGGGAGUCUCAAUCACUCUGUCUGCCACCACACAGCUGGAGAGCGCUGGUUUGAUGCAGUCUAUGAGAAGAUGAGGGGGUCCCUGAUGGGAGCAGCAGAGUCCAUGCGCCCUGGUGCUGUGCUCUGGUGGCCGGACCUGAACGCAGCAAGUGAGCUGGGCAGAGUGUGGAAGAAGCUGCUCAAGGUGAUUCCCCCACCUUCAAUGAGCCAUUUUGAUUUCUUCUGUGGGACUUGUGCCCUGAUGGGGAAUUCGAAGAUCCUGCGGACUGCCAGUCUCAGCAACAACGUCAACCAACCCAGCAUGGUCUCCAGGAAUGCCAGGGGCCAGGGUUCUUGGAGGCAGGUGCUGCUGCUGCUCCUGCAGCUCUUUGAUCUCUCAUGGACUUCAGAUUCUCUGAGUGAGGAGAUGGUGGUCUGGGAACCCAGACAUUCUUAG